GAUGGGCUAUCACUGAGCAAGCAAUUCAGGCAGCCGACGCAGGAAAGCAUGUGCUUUGUGGGUUGUGGGCUGUCCUGCCAAAUCGAGAACGGCAAAGCAGAAGCUCAGCUCGGCUGCCGGACUUUGCAAAGCCAGGCGCAUGCAGAGCGCAUAGCGCUGGUGGUUGGCUUUGCGUCCAUCCGGCCCCAUCUCUUGGAAGGAGAGCCGCCGCUCAGCAGAACGACUCCACGCAAGUCUCCAGGAUGAAGCUGGGUCUCUUGACAGCCCUCCUGGUUCUCCUGACGGCUGCAGAAGCAGAGGCUCUACAAGAACCUCAGUUAUGUUACAUCUUGGAUGGGAUUCUGUUUGUCUAUGGCAUCACUCUCACUUUCCUCUACUGCCGAUUGAAGAUCCGAUAUCGAAAGAAAGCAAGAGAAGAGCGUUCGGCAAUUUACGAGAAAGUGGAAGGAGUCUACACAGGCCUCGUCACUCAGGAAACUGACACCUACACACCCCUCGAGCUCCCCAAAGUUGAAGCACGGGGCAAAGUCCCUGAAGAACCAGUAGAAGAAUAGGCACUGCUGUCGCUUGUGGAAACCUUUUGCCUGCAUAUGAAAAUUGCAAAACCGAGUUUGACACAGGACAACCGUAGAGCUAUCCUCGCUGGGCCUGCAGGGAAGACUCUGUCCUCUUAUGAGCCGUUGCCAAGUGGAUUUGAAAAGGGGGGGAAGGCUUACCCAAAGCUGCCACUGCUUGCUCAUUGCAGCUGACUCCUAUUAGGAUGGGAGAUUGUGUGAAAUUUCACUUUUUGUUGAUCCCACAAAGCCAUUCUGUUGUGUGGCAAAGCCUGGUUUAUCUAUGACCCCAUAUGGCCAUGAGAAAUUCCAUAGCCUACAGCAGCGAGCCUCAACCUUUCUGAGGCCAUGGGCCCCUUUGGAAUUUUGACACAGGGUGGUGGGUGCAGGAACAAAAUGGCUGCCGCACUAGGCAGAACCAACCAUAAAAUGGCCGCUGCGGGAAGCACGGACAACCACACAAAAGGAAGCUGUGCUUUUCUGAAUUUGCCUCUCAUCUACCUUUAACCCUGGCUGUACCUUUGUCUUCCAAUCUUGCCACCUUUGUCGGGUUGCCAGCCACCUGGUGGGACCUGGAGAUCUCUUGAAAUUUCAGCCGAUCUCCAGACUACAGAGAUCAGUUCCUUUGGAGAAAAUGGCGGUUUUGGGAUGUGGACUGUAUGACAUUAUACCCCCAAUAAGGUUUCUCCUCUCCCUAAACCCCACCCUCCCCAGGCUUCAUAGCCAGAUCUCCAGGCAUCUCCCCACCCAGAGUUGGCAACCCUACAUCCUUGAUGUCCCAUACUUUCUUGUCUUCCUAAACAAUUCCUGUGGGAAGCCUCUAGCUUAAAGCCUUCAGUCCUCAACUUUCUCCAUGGAAAUAAAGCCUGCGAAAGUAUGAGUUGCUUGUCCUCAUCUCCCCUCCUCACUGCCCUAUGCCUUCUUUGGUUGUCAAAAGAGGGGUGAUCUUUGGACCACGGUCUUGUAUUUUUGCUCAUGUUAUGCUUUAAAGCAGGGAUAACAAACGUGCAGCCUGAGGGCCAGAUCAGGCCUCCGGAGGGCUCUUAUCAGGCCCGUGAGCAACUAACUGUCAUCAGCUUCCUUCUGUCUCUCUCUCUCUUGCUUCUUUCUGCAUCACAGCUUGGUUUGCCAGGCUUGCUCAAUCGCACAGGAGCUGCAGAGCAAAGCCUCUGUCUUCUCCAUUGGCUGACUAGCAUGUGAAGCAACUUACCCACAAAAGCUCGGAAUGCCCAGCCAUUUCAUGUUUUCCCCUUGGUCUUAGAUUCGAAGCAUUGACCGUGAGAUUUUGGUAACGAAUGUCAAUAAAUCAAAAGUAGGUUUACAACUUACAGACACACACCUGAACAGCAAACUCAAGACUGCUACAGCACAGACAUUGCCUCCAGAUUUUGAUGCAAUAAUUCAGAGCAAGAAGUGUCUCUUAUCAUAAACUAUUAAACAAAAUGUUGCAAGAGUGCUAACUUUUAAA